AUGCCCAUCUGCAUACUGAAGGACGGUACACGGACCAUACCUGAUCUGGUCACGGCUGUGUCCUCUGUGGUGACAAGACAGACUGUGGGUCAGAUCUACGAAACUGGAGCAUGUAUCAGGGGUCUGAAGACGCGUCCAGGGACAUCGUGCAGGAGCAGGAAGAACAUCCUCCGACGUGGGAAGAAGUCAGAGUGCUCCGUCGGGGCCUCGUCGUCCAACUCGAACGACAUCACGUUCACGAAGAACUUCUACCUCGGCUACCCUCCGUCGAUGGACCUGGCGAACACCAGUGGAUUUGUAGGCUGUGCAUUGUUCUUCGAAGGGAUCGCAAGGAAUCUACCGCUGAAUAGCGUCACGGAAUAUGGACCAGUCACAUACGGCCAGACGCUGCAGGAUGCGUGCGUGAAUGAUCUUAUGUCUCAAGCCAAGACGCAGGUGCAGAUGCUUGGGUCCACAAACGAUCUCGAUAAUCGCUCGGUGUACACUGCUUUACAGACUAUCAUGGAGGCAAGCCCUCCGCAGUCGUGUCAAACGAUAGCAACGGUCACAUGGGGAACUAUCGUGCGCAAAGAGAUCACCGGUCCUCACGUGUCGAGCGGCACAAAGUACAACAUCGCCCUGAUCGAAACUCCAACAAACACCUCGGAAGGUGUGUCACGUGACAUUACGCCAUUUUCCUACAGCAUCACGCCCGUGCUGACCGUUUUCUACAGCGCGUCUGCUCCGUCGAACGCUCAGGGUAAGGCCUUGCCGGAAGCCCAUCCGACAUGUGUCACGGUGGUCGAGGGCUCGACUUUGGUGCAGCAGAGCAACGAUGCAGGGAUGAUGGGUCUACCAAGGUCCAUGAUCGCCUUCCCCUUGGGCUUGAGUAUCCUCGCCUUAGUUUAA